ACUGAAGAUAAAGUAAAGAAACUGGAUCACUCUAGCAGAGACUAUGACCUUUUUUAAACACAUGGAAGGAGAAUACAGGAACUGUGAAUCGCGGCGGUGAGAGCAAAUCUUUUGUUAGGGAAAUAAAAGAAGUGAAAUCCAGGUCAAAGACAUAGAGCAGAUGUCUAGAGAAAGAGACUGAGGAAUAUAGAAGACAGAGGGACUUUUCAUGCUCUCCAGUUUUUAGUGUUUAUAUUCUGGAAACGACAAUUCUGCAAAAAGCAGUUUAAAGCAUUCAAUUCCAUCACAAUCCAGAUCCCAACAAAACUUUCAGAGCAUCGUAUAGGUCAGAAGUUCAGUGUCUAUUUUUCUUUAAACAAGAUCGAGUUGGUUAUUGCUGAUGCUGAAAUUUAGGCUACAAGUUCCCACUUUCACAUCCCUCUUGGUCUGUUGUUUUGGAUUCAAUCCUUUCACUCCAUUCUGUUUUCUGGCCAGGCCCAGUAUCCCUGAGCUCAGCUGAGCUGUGGGUGAAACCUGAAAUGCUGGAGUAGAAUAUAGUGUCUCAGUGCACUCCAAGACAUGUUAAGCAAAACCACUCUUUCUAAUAUGAAAACAAGAGUUGGGCUAAAAUUCAACACAAAGUCGCCUGAAAACUGUUUCUUCUUGAGCCAUUCAAUAAAUAUAAUGUCAGAACUUUAUGUCUGGUUUGCUACCUCCCCUGACAAGACCACCCUGCUAAUGGUGAUUAGCAGUGUCUGUGGAAGCCCACAGCCUCACCCUAAGGGCAGCAUGGACUAAGAUCAGUACAUGCCUAGAGUUCCAGGGCCUGGAAUCCCAGCCUACUCAUGAACACCGGGAAGCACAAGAAGAGGAUUAGGGGCUGGGGCUUCCCCCAGAAACUAGGGAUUUAGUGUCUGACGACUAUGUAAUAAAGACAUCCUGGGACUUCAAAGACCUCUGAAAACCUAGGUCUGUGGAGCUCGCCCGAGGAGCAGUCCACAUCACAGGUGAGACCACUAAGCCCAUGAAGGGAGAUUAAAAAUUCGCGCCAGAGGAAGACACUGGAAAGACCCCUAGGCAGAUUCCCUCCAGAAUGGCAUGUCUCCGACAUCCACAGCCCUGAUGGAUUGGAGCAAGGGUAAGAGUUAAAGGAGGUUAAAAGAUAAUUGAACCCCUCGGGGACCCAGUUCUGUGUCGGGACCCAGUGAGAAAAAGUCUGGGCGCGUCCACGGAGACAUUCUGGGUAUCUCGUCAGUACUAUGUCCUUCAGUUCCUGUGCCAAAUGGUAUCAUUGCAUAUAUUAUCAAUAAACAUGCUCUGGUCUCAUCUAGCAUGUCCAGAGGGGAAUUACCUGUGCUAUCGCCCUGGUGUGGCCUUAACUCGAGUGUUGAGAACUUGGUCGUGAGAGUAGCCUGUUCUUACGCCUCAUAGACACUGGUGUUUUGGGUUUCCAAUGCCUUGCCCAUGUGACUCUGCUUUGUAUUUUAGAAUCGGGUGGUAGUUUGGAGAAACAGCUUCAAACGUGGGACAGAAAAGUGUGGGACUAUUAGAUGCAGUCCUUUCCGGGUUCUGUAGAAGGACAUCUGAGUCAAAGUUCAUUCCAGAAUAGAAGCUCCAGGACACAGACCAUUUCCUGCCACGUGUUAUGCAGGAAGAGCGCACCAAACAGGCCAAAUCUUUGGACACUCUUUUUCGGAACUUAGGAUCAGACAUUAAACUAGAAAAAUGUUUGUGUGGGUGACCUCACUGGUAUUUGUUUUAUCUUAAGCUAACUAUAUCCUAAAUUAUUAGUUGAAGCUUUAAUCUUCUGAGCCACAAUUAGGCCUCUAUUUGAUGGCCUAAUUUCACUGUGCUCUCACACUGAACACAGACGGAAGGAAAAAGAGCAAAAUAAAGACAACAAGCUCCAGCGUGUGGUUUGAUACUGCAGGAACAGUUUUCUGAAUGCUGAAAGAGACAAAGUUGAUUAGCUAUUUAGGGAAACAGGAAGGGCUUAAGGCUGUGUCUGUAGAACACAGGUAUUUAAUCUGAAAAAGCCCCUUUUGAAGAGAGUGUGUGAAUCCUCAACUGAAAUAUCUUUCUAGUUGGUGAGUAUUGUUUCUUACUUUGAGUGUAUUCUGGAAAAUUAUUUAAUUGUAGACAAGCUUUAUCUAUCUAUAUCUAUCUGUCUAUCUCCCUAUCUACUUAUUUUGGUGUCUGAAAGACUCUCCAUUUAAUUUGUCUGAAGCUGGUAGACUUGUCUUAUAGGUUUAGUUACAAUUUGCUGUUGGGUGUUCAAAAGCAUGUAAGUGGCUACAGAUUAACUCCUUGAUUUAGUUUUAAAGUCAACUGGGACUCCUAAUGGGCUGCCCUUCAUGAAUCAAGAAGACCCAUCUGGAUCCUUAGUUUUAUUUUCCAACAGCUCUAUCAUCUCAAUGGUGGGUCAGGUCCUACCUGUUGUUGGUGUAGGUCCCUAAACUUUAAAGUUUCACACCAAGAAUGACAGCUUUAAAAGCAUUGGCUGUAAAUUCUGCUAUAUCUAGAGAAAUAUUGAUGAAAAAAAACACUCAGCCAUUUUUACAUAAAUCUUGUUUUGGGUAAGGUUAUUUAUCCAAAUAGUUAAAACCUAACAAAUUUAUCAAAAUCACAAGUAAUUGUCUCAAUAAGACACUGGUUAUUGAUCUGUGGAUCAUGACCCCUUUGGGGGUCAAAAACUUUGUUCACAGGGGUCGUCCAUACAUCAAAUAUUUUGUAUGCCAUAUAUUUACAUUAUAAUUCAUGAGAAUAGCAAAAUUACAGUUAUGGGUUAGAAACAAAAAUAAUUUUAUAGCUAUGUGUCACACUCAACAUAAGGAAGUAUAUACCUUAAAGCAUCAGGUCAUAGGACUAGGAAGGUUGAGAAUCACUGCAAUAAGAUGUUUGUUUUGUUUUUGUAAGCCCAUUUUUGUAAAUGUUACUAUGAUAGAAUGCAUCCCGGGAUCUGUACUCCAAUGUGCUCUCACCUUAACUAUGAAUCAAAGAGAAAGCACAGGACUAAAGUAUAGUUAUUCACAAGGCAACACUAGAUUAUUUUAAUUUAAAACUUCUUGCUUUAAGAAAAGCAUGCUAGGACAAAAAAUCCACACAGGGUUAGCUAGAACCUUCUUGUUUCCAGCCCUAACUGGCUAGCACUCUGCCUUUACUUAUCUAACGCAUCUAGACCCAUCUCUCUGCUUCUCUUUAGAAGGUAUACCUGCUCCCCUCUCCAUGCUGUCAUAACAGCUCACACCAAAACUCAUGGGAUUGGGUGGGAUUCAGCAUCAGUGAGUGCGGAUGUGCCAGUGGGCUGGAGAUCAAGGCCAGUUGCCUACACGGCCAAUUGCAAGUAGGCAGACAUUGUGACACAGAGCUAUAUAUAGACUUGGGAUUUAAUGCUUGGGUUCUUGUGCAGCUUAGAUAGAUGACAGCAACCCAGUGGCCCCUGAAGACCUGAGUUGUGGAGUUCAUUUGCAAUGUAGGGUGCCAUCUUGUAUCAGCCCCUCAGCCCUACAAGGGCUGUUUAAAUUGACACUGGAGGGGUACCCUGGGCAUGUACCUCAUGUAAUUAGAAGUUCUGGUAUAGAAAACCAGGGAUUAUGGGUAGGGCAUUUCAGAAGGUAACAACACCUCUCAGAGGAUUAGGGUUAUACAGGGUCACUUUAAGUACAAUUCUGGGCCCAGGAACAAAAAGUAAUUGCUGUUUUCUUUCUACACCUACUUCAACACCAACAGGGACAAUCCUUUGUGCACAUAACCACAAGGUCAAUCUUCUGGACUUAUCUGGUCUGGGCAAACUUGGCAAGUGGCAUGCUCCUAGUUAGUAAUUAUCUGGACUGCUUAAUGAAGGUCUUGCAAAAUGUGAGCCUAGAAACUUGGAAGUGGUCUGCUAUUGUGCCUCUCCUGUACUGCUGGCACUGAAGUCUAGUGUCUUGGGUAUAAGAUCCUUUCUUCUUGAGACAAUGAGUUAAUUGUUUAAGUCACAUUCCCAGGUGUAGACAAGAAGACUGGUAGCCAUUGUCCUUUCCAGACUGUCUAGAUGAGUUGUUCCAGAAAGGCUUCUGAAUGAAAGAGUCAGACAUAGCCCAUCUCUAGCUGAUACCGACCAAGGAAAGGAUGUCUCAUGGCCCUUAUACCUAGGGAAAUCUUUGCACUUAGGUUAUAUUCUGCACUAGUGACGUUUUCUUCAUGUACCAAUGAUAUAAAACCUGGGGCAACUUGUCUUAGGUCUUCAGUUUUCACUUUAAAGUUCUUUACCACAAGGCACACCCACUCUGGGAUGAGAUAAGUUCACAAUGUACACAGUCCAGUUCCUGAGGCCUGGCCAGUUGCUUUUCAUUUUAAUGAAUAAAAAAAAAUUCCUCUCUGUGUCUGAUUUAAGCCUUUUCCUUGGCAUUUUCAUAAACACCUAUAAUAAUAGUUAAAAUAAUUUUAUUUAACCAUGAUGCCCUGAUUUCUAGACUAGAAAAAUGGUAUGUUUAUUGAAGCACCAAUGUAAUUAAGUGUCUCAUUUCUUCCCUUCUCUAGUUUUUGAAGCAGGACUCCUAUCUUAUUGCUGGCUACUGUUUGUAUGGGAGUGGCCUCAACUGCUCAUGAACUUGAUCUCAGUUUAGAUUUUGAAUAGCAUGAAUGGAAGACAAAAUACAGUAAGACAUACAGAACGGUUGGUAACAUAAAACUUCUAGAUGAACCCCAGAGAGAAUGGACCUUGCUUUUUGGAGCUCUCUUAGUUAGGCUUCUAUUGCUGUGAUAAAUAUAACUACCAAAAGAAACUUGGGAGGAAAAAAUUUGUUUGAGCUUAUGGUUGUAGUUCAUCUUGAAGAUAAGUCAUGGUGGGAAGCCAUGGCAGGAACUGAAGUAAAGCUGCUUUCUGGCUUGUUCCUUCUGCCUUGUUCAGUUGGUCUUCUUAUAUACCUCAGGACCACUUUGCUCAGAGAACAUACUGCCCACAAUGAGCUAAGCCCUUCCACAACCUAGUCAAUCACUAAUUAAGAAAAUUCCCCAAUGGUUUACCUAUGGAUCAAUCUUAUGUGGGCAUUUUCUCAAAUGAGAUCCCCUCUUCUCAAAUGACUCCAGCUUGUACCAAGUAGACAAAAACAAACAACGUAAACCCAACCAACACAAGAGCAUAUGGUUCGAGUGGAGAUUCUGGAAGCAAGCUCUUCCCAAGGUUUAACCUGGUGACAUUCAUUAUGAGCACUCCGGCAAGCAUCCCUCUUGUUGCUGAGGAUGGAUAGUGGUUUUGGAAGCAUAGUCAUCCUUGGACAAGGUCUCUCUUCACUUGUGGCAGCAGAUCCACUGAGUGAACUUGGGUGGGUCAUACAGUAAAAAGAAAGACCACAGAGAGUAUGUAUCUUAGGAUGAAGAAAAAACGAGGAGAAUGGUGUGGGAAAAAUAUGAAAAUUAUUAGACUGCACAACUGGGAAUACCUUAAGGGGACACACAACUUCACCAUGAGAAUGAAUGCCUUUGGCGACUUUGUGAGUAUGGCAUGUGUGACUUGAAGGUGAUGCUUCGCUUCAGUUCCUUAUAAUUAGUUCUUGCUUCUCAAUGAUUUUUUAAAACUUCUUUCCAGACAAAUUUAGAAUUCAGGGAAGAGAUGACUGGCUUUCAAAUCCAGGGACUCAAGAGGUUGAAAGCAUUCAGUAAGUAUCUUUUGCAUGAUAUCCCUCAGACUGUAGAUUGGAAAGAACAAGGCUAUGUGACUCCUGUAAAGGACCAGGUAUGACAGUGGGGCUUUCCUGAGUUCCACCACCCACAAGGAAUUCAAGAAGGAAAUGUCACACUUGCUCUCACUGUCUAUGCAGCAGGAUGCAGCUCGCUGCUUUCUAAGGAAUUUUAGUCUAUAAAUUCUCAACUCUCUGUGCUAUUAGUUUUGUAGAUAACAGCUUUUUCUUUCUUCUUUAGGGUCACUGUGGCUGUAGUUGGGCUUUUAGUACAACUUGUUCCUUAGGAAGACAAAUGUUCAGGGAAAUAGGUGAGCUGGUCCCUCUGAGUGAGCAAAACCUAGUGGACUGCUCCCUGCAUCGUGACAACCAAGGGUGUAAUGGUGGCUUCAUGCAGUAUGCAUUCCAGUAUGUGAAGAACAAUGAAGGCCUGGCUACUGAGGAGUCCUAUCCAUUUGAAGAACAGGUGUAUGAGACAUGAUUGCUGUUCUCUUCCUAGCGAUUCUCUGCUUGGAAGUUGACUCAACUGCUCCAACACCAGAUCCCAGUUUGGAUGUUGAGUGGAAUGAAUGGAGGACAAAACAUGGGAAAACAUACAACAUGAAUGAAGAAAGACUGAAGAGAGCUGUGUGGGAAAAGAAUUUUAAAAUGAUUGAACUGCAUAAUUGGGAAUACCUUGAGGGGAGGCAUGACUUCACCAUGGCAAUGAAUGCCUUUGGUGACUUGACCAAUAUAGAAUUUGUGAAAAUGAUGACAGGCUUUCAAAGGCAGAAGAUCAAGAAGACGCACAUAUUCCAGGAUCAUCAGUUUCUUUAUGUCCCAAAACGUGUGGAUUGGAGACAACUUGGCUAUGUGACUCCUGUGAAGAAUCAGGGUCAUUGUGCCUCUAGUUGGGCUUUUAGUGCAACUGGGUCCCUAGAAGGACAAAUGUUCAGGAAAACAGAAAGACUGAUCCCUCUGAGUGAGCAGAACCUACUGGACUGCAUGGGAUCUAAUGUUACCCAUGGUUGCAGCGGUGGCUUCAUGCAGUAUGCCUUCCAAUACGUGAAAGACAAUGGCGGCCUUGCAACUGAGGAAUCCUAUCCUUACAGAGGACAAGGUAGAGAGUGCAGGUACCACGCUGAGAAUUCUGCGGCUAAUGUCAGAGAUUUUGUGCAAAUCCCAGGAAGCGAGGAAGCCCUUAUGAAGGCAGUGGCUAAAGUGGGGCCCAUCUCUGUUGCAGUUGAUGCCAGCCAUGGUUCCUUCCAGUUCUACGGUAGUGGCAUCUAUUAUGAGCCACAGUGUAAAAGGGUUCACCUAAAUCAUGCUGUUCUAGUGGUCGGCUAUGGCUUUGAAGGAGAAGAAUCAGAUGGCAACAGUUUUUGGCUCGUCAAGAACAGCUGGGGUGAGGAAUGGGGCAUGAAGGGCUACAUGAAGCUUGCCAAAGACUGGAGCAACCACUGCGGGAUUGCUACAUAUUCCACAUACCCCAUUGUAUGAGCUACUGCACAGUGACAAGGAAGGAGUGGACUGGAAUGUACUGAGCAGUUUUCUCCUUCCACAGACCAGCCUCUGCUGUGGGGCAAAGGGGACAGGGGUAGUGACAGCUGAGUCACUGAGGAUCCACACCUGAUGAGAAUUAAACUCAUAAACAUUAGUGCCAUUAACAGCUUUGUAGGAGAGACUCUCAUAUAAAAAAAAAAUGAAUUUUCAGUUUAAAAUGCUGUACAAAUUUACAUAUUCAAAAUAAAGCUUAAUUUCACAACGGUA